CCUUUUUUUUUUUUUUUUUUCUUUUUGGUGUUUUUGUUUGGAGACAUUGCCGUAUUAUCUUUUAGGUUUCUAGUCUCUACAUGACAUCGCGCUGUUUCGCUGUUUCACAAUCCAUUGAAUUGUGAGAAAUCUCCAUUUUUGUCAUUGCACAGCAAACAUCAAAUUCAGUCUGAAAUCCAACAGAUGGAUUGGUUUUUCCAGGCGGGGUGCGAGUUCUAUAUGAAGAAAAAGAAAACAGACUGGCUUAGUACUCUUUUACAUAGCAAAUUCUUUGGUUCCUGCAUUCAUCAUCAAGAGCUUCGGAAAAAUGAAGAAAACGUAUUUUGCAUCGACUGUAGUCUUGGAUUUUGUAGGCAUUGUAUGACAGCUCAUUGCUUCCACCGGCGGCUUCAGAUCUGCAAAUAUGUUUACCAUGAUGUCGUCCGCCUUCAAGAAAUGCAGAAGCAUCUUGACUGCUCUAAAAUUCAGACAUAUAAAAUCAAUGGUGAAAAAGCCGUACAUCUCAAUCCUCGGCCACAAUCCAAAGAUACAAAACCAUCAACUAAAUCAAAGCUUGGUGGUACUUGUGAAGCUUGUGGGAGAUACCUACAAGACCUUCCUAAUCGCUUCUGUUCCAUUGCAUGCAAGGUCUCAGUAAUUUCUGUGAAGCCUAAGGAUCAAAGCCAUAACUUGAUUGCUGUCCCAAUUCCUGAAAUUGAUAUGCCUUCGAAGGAAAAUUGCUAUCAAGAAACAGAUAUGGUCGAGGAAUCGUCAAUCUCCAUAGCUGAUUCAUCUGAGGAGAUAAGAGCUUGGUUGAAUUCAGCUUUGAAGCCGAGGAAGCUAUUGCACAAGAGGAAAGGUGUCCCUCGGAGGGCUCCUCUUUGUUGACGCUUAAACCAAAUUAAUGUUCCAUUUUUCAUCAAAUUCCUUAUAUUUCUUAUACAGUUCCUGUCAAUUUUGUUUGAUCAAAUUUACAUUUUUGGUUUAUUAAGGCACUAAAGCAAAUACAUGACAGCUAUCUUUGUUCUAUAAAGGAUAAGUUAUCGAAGUAAAAUAUCUCCCAAGUAGACCCCACCUUGGGAUUUAGC